AUGUCGACAGAAGAGAAGCCACUUCAAGUUGUGAUAAUCGGGGAAGGCUCAGUUGGUAAGAGUUCGUUAUGCCUGAUGUUUGUGAAGGGGGAGUUCAACAUUGAGUAUAACCCAACCAUUGAAGAAACAUAUCCAACUGAAGUGAAUGUCGAUGGUAAAGUUGUUAAGAUGUCGAUAGUAGAUACAGCUGGGCAAGAAGAAUAUGUGUCGUUGCGAGACCAAUUUUACGUGAAAGGCGACGCAUUUAUUUUGGUAUAUUCCAUUGACAAUUUAAACUCAUUUCAUUCGUUAAAUAUUCACUAUGAAACAAUAGCGGGCCUUCGAAAAGGGAAAAAAAUGGCUGUAGUUCUUGUUGGUAACAAAUGUGAUUUAGAGGCCCAGCGGGCCAUUCAAAAAUCCGACUUACAGCAGCUGUCAGAGAAGUUUAAUAAUGCCCCCUAUUAUGAAACAUCCGCUCAAAAUAAUAUCAAUGUAAAAGAAGUCUUUGAAACGAUAGCAAGAGAGACUUUGAAAAACGCGGCCGAAGAGGCUGCAACACAGACAAAGACGAUUCAAAGUAAUCAUCCCAGUCAAGUGACGGAAUCUGAAAGAGGUGGGUGUUGUUACAUCCUUUAA